UACGGGGUUCGCUUAACGGCAACUAAACGGUGGUGUGUUUGACCGAGAUGCACGCGUCGCACCUCGCAUUACUCCUCCACCAAUCGCACCGCUCUGGCGCCACGAUAUCUGGGUGAACAGAAAAAACAUUUAUCGACUGGAUCACGCCUUGCUCUUCUCCCCCGCUUGACCGUCCUCACCCUCCGCCACAAUGGAAACCAUAGGAAUGGCGACGGAGGAUGCCGCAUCCGGCGGCCUCGAGUUCUUGGCAGAUCCCGUUGACAGGUUUCCGUUGCGGGAUCUCGGCAGCGGCGAGGCUGUGCUUGAUGCCGCAACCACCCAAACACUCGUGUGCGCAGCCGCGCAGUCGAGCGUCGACGGUACAGCUAGAUGGGGACGCCAGCUGCGAAGGGGUCAGCUUGUCAGCACCAAGCUCGGAGCAGUCGGCCGGCAAAGACGAAAGCCAAGCCUCUGGCUGGGCAAAAUGAGUACGUAUUGGCCGAGCCCCUCUUGAGCGUCCUCCAUGCGCGGACAGAAUAAGCGCACUUGAAAAAACGUUGAGAUGCUACGCAGAGAAGAAGAGAAUUGUAGUUCC